GCAGGGGGCUGGGCGCGGGGCUGGGGCCCGAGUGGCGGCGGCUCUUUGUUCAGGCGGCGGCGGCGGAGCGGACAGUGGACAGGUGAGAGCGGACAGUGGACAGGUGAGAGCGGACACUAGACAGCGUGAAAGAUGGAGGCGUAUGAUUCUGAGUCGGCCAGCAAGGUGGCCCUUUGGCAGCAGAGCUACAUGGACUCUGGCAUCCACUCCGGGAUCAACACCAAUGUGCCCUCGCUGAACGGCAAGGGGGAUGCAGAGGACUGGAAGCAGGGAGGAUAUACGGUCACCACCACCACCUACACCACAAACCAAAUGCCUGAAAUGGAGGAGCAGUUAGCGUCGACACGGGGCCAGCGCGUGCGGGCAGCCAUGUUCCCCGAGACCCUGGAGAGCGGUGUCCGCAUCCUGUCCACCCAGACUGACCCUGGCCAGGAGACCAAUGUCCAGAAGCUGUCCGAGUCGUCGCAGAUGCUGAAGGCCGCCAUCGUGCAACUCAUCAAUUACCAGGACGAUGCGGAGUUGGCCACCCGCGCCAUCCCCGAGCUCACCAAACUCCUCAACGAUGAAGACCAGGUUAUUGUCAGCAAGGCCACCAUGAUCGUCAACCAGCUGGUGAAGAAGGAUGCGUCGUGCCGCGCCCUGGAGCAGUCGCCGCAGAUGGUGGCUGCGGUGGUACGGACCAUGCAGAACACCAACGACAUGGAGACAGCCCGGCACGCAGCCGGGAUCCUCCACAACUUCUCCCACCACCGCGACGGCAUGCUGGCUAUCUUCAAAUCGGGCGGCAUCCCCGCUCUGGUCAGGAUGUUGAGCUCUCCCGUCGAGUCCAUCUUGUUCUACGCCAUCACCACCCUGCACAACCUGCUGCUCCACCAGGAGGGAGCCAAGAUGGCGGUGCGCUUGGCCGACGGGCUACAGCGGAUGGUUCCUCUGCUGAAGAAGAGCAACGUGAAGUUCCUGGCCAUCACCACCGACUGCCUGCAACUGCUCGCCUACGGGAACCAGGAGAGCAAGCUGAUUAUCUUGGCCAAUGGAGGCCCCGCUGCCCUUGUCCACAUCAUGAGGACCUACAACUACGAGAAGCUGCUCUGGACCACCAGUCGUGUCCUCAAGGUGCUGUCCGUCUGUCCCAGCAACAAGCCCGCCAUCGUGGAAGCAGGUGGAAUGCAGGCCCUGGGCAUUCAUCUGAGCAGCUCGAGCCCCCGCCUGGUACAGAACUGUCUGUGGACAUUGAGGAAUCUCUCCGAUGCAGCAACUAAGGAGGAAGGGUUGGACCAUCUCCUCACCGCCAUGGUGCAGCUGCUUGGCUCGGACGACGUCAACGUACUCACCUGUGCCACAGGUAUCCUGUCCAACCUGACCUGCAACAACUCCCGGAACAAGAUGGUGGUGUGCCAGGUGCGUGGCAUCUUCGCCCUGGUCCACAUGAUGCUGAGAGCAGGUGAGAAGGAGGACAUCAUGGAGCCCACAGUCUGUGCCCUCCGUCACCUCACCAGCCGCCACCCAGAGGCAGAGGUUGCCCAGAACGACGUGUGUGUCAACUACGGCAUCCCCACUGUGGUGGGACUACUCAGCCAGCCCUUCCACUGGCCACUCAUCAAGGCGACGGUGGGACUGGUGCGUAACCUGGCCCUGCUCCCGGCCAAUCACGGUGCUCUGAGGGACAGUAACGCCAUUCCCCGGUUGGUGCAACUCCUGGUCAAAGCUCACCAGGACACGCAGCGGCAAACGCCCGGCGGUGGGCAGUACAUGGACGGCGUACGUAUGGAUGAGAUCGUGGAGGGAUGUACCGGGGCGCUACACAUUCUGGCCCGCGAUCAGACCAACAGGGUCCUCAUUACCGAGCUCAACACCAUCCAGCUGUUUGUCCAGCUCCUGUACUCUCCGGUGGAAAACAUCCAGCGUGAGGCAGCGGGGGUCCUGUGUGAGCUAGCCCAGGACCGUGAGGCCGCGGAGGAGAUGGACCAGGAGCAGGCAACCGCCCCGCUGACCGAAAUGCUGCACUCCUCCAACGAGGGCAUCGCUACCUACGCCGCUGCUGUGCUGUUCCGGCUAUCGGAAGACAAGUCUCAGGAUUACCGCAAGCGGCUGUCUGUGGAAUUGACCAGCACGCUCUUCCACAACGACCAGGAUGCCUGGAAUGCGGUGGACCGUCUAAUGGCUGCUGAAGGAUACCAACCCGAGUCCAGCAUGAACUACAAUGCCUAUGACGCCCAAGAUCACGACAUGGGCCAUGACUUCGCAUUAGCCUAGGCAGCGAGCAGCUACCGCAUAAACAGGCCGGCGUGAGAGGGGCCAGGCUGCGUUUGGACAAGGCCGGGCGGUGUUCCGGGGGGGGGGGGGAUAAGUGCCUAACACGUCACCGACCGCCUGCAGGAUGCUGCUCAGCCUGGGAAUAAUCUCUACGUUUGGAUCAGCAACCUUCACUUCUGUCUAACACAACUUCACACCUUUGUCCCACAAACCACCCUCACUCAGCUUGGAGCUUCAGAGCCGCCCGCGUGCGUUUUACCAAAGGUCGACCUUGUUUUUAGAUCCAGUUUCUCUUUCGCUUUACAUUAUUUCGGGAUACAUUUGCUUGUUUUAAUCCGGUGUCUGGAGAUGCCGCCAGUGGUGCGGAGGAGGGGUGGGGGGGGGGGGGGUUAAAUUGUCCCAGUGGGAGAGUGGGGGGGAUUCUCCCUGACCCUAACCUGUGGCCACCUCUCGGCCACUGUCCGACCCUGCGUUGGGAAGCAGCGAGAGCCAGCCGACAAAACCAGCGGGAAUUAUACCGGAGGGGAGGGGAGGGUUGGCUCGGGUCGGGUCUGAUUUCCCCGGGAGCAGGCUUUAACAGCGCCUCUACCCCUCCAGGUUGCUACUGAUGGUGGCUGGUGUCUCUGUUACUUUUGCUGUGAUCAUUUUAAAGAGCUUUUCAAUAAUCCCUGAUUCCUUUUAUUGUACAUUGUCUGGUGAUUCAGGCCAUUUACGGUUUCAGUAAAACCACCUUUGAUAAUUCCUGUAAGUUUUUUUGUAAAAAGGAAAUUAAAAAACUAUAUCACAA